UUGUGCGCUGAAGCUGCAGCUGAUAUAUAAAAACAGCAGCAAUGAGAGAGGAGACAAAACCAUAGAGACCAAGAAGGAGAAGCAGACACCUCCACCUCCUCCUGCUCCUCAUCAGCCCAUUGAUCAUCGAGGAGCCGUUUGUCCUCCAGCAUCCAGAUCAGCUCGCACCUGCGUGCCGUUACCUCCGGACCAGCAGAAAUGGCUCCUACCCUCUCCACGGCCUUCAGCCGGCGCUGGUGGAUGGCGGUCACAGCGGUCAUUGAGAACCUGCUGUUCUCUGCGGUGCUGCUGGGCUGGUCCUCUCUGCUCAUCAUGCUGAAAUCUGAGGGCUUCUACUCCUACCUGUGCAACACACCAGAAAACAUCUCCAGCCUCAACGUCUCCAACUCCUCCUCCCCCGCGGCCCCCGGGGAGGAGGAGGAGUUCCUGCUGAUGAAUAACUGGCCCAUCUGCAAGGACCAGGAUGAGAGGCUGAACCUGGCCUUCACCGUGGGCUCCUUCCUGCUGUCGGCCAUCACUCUGCCCCUGGGCAUCGUCAUGGACAAAUACGGCCCGCGUAAACUGAGACUGCUGGGAAGCGCCUGCUUCGCCUUCUCCUGCCUCCUCAUUGCUUAUGGAGCCAGCGAUCCCAACAAUCUUUCCAUCCUGAUCUUCUUUGCUUUGGCCAUGAACGGCUUUGGAGGGAUGUGUAUGACCUUCACCUCUCUGACGCUUCCCAACAUGUUUGGAGACCUGAGGUCCACCUUCAUCGCCCUGAUGAUCGGAUCCUACGCUUCCUCCGCCGUCACCUUUCCUGGGAUCAAGGUAAUUUAUGACCUGGGCGCCGCCUUCAUCUCUAUCCUGCUGGUGUGGGCCGGCUGCGCCUGCCUCGUCUUCCUCAACUGCUUCAUCAACUGGCCGCUGGAGCCUUUCCCAGGACCAGAAGACAUGGACUUCACAGUGAAGAUUAAGUUUAGCUGGCUGGGCUUUGACCACAAGAUCACCGGGAAACAGUUUUACCGGCAGGUGACCACGGUGGGGCGCCGUCUGAGCGUGGGCCACGCCAUCAAGCAGCCGCAGCAGCCGUCCAGAGACCUGUCGGCGCAGGACGCCAGCAAACUCUGCCUGUCCACCGUCGACCUGGAGGUCAACUGCAAAAGCAAUGAAGAAUCCCAGUCGUUCAUGAGGAGCAUCUUCAGUCCCAUCUUCCUGCUCAGCCUCAUCACCAUGUGCGUCACUCAGCUGAGGCUCAUCUUCUACAUGGGAGCCAUGAACACCAUCCUGGAGUCGCUGACGGACGGCGACCUGAACACAGUGGAGAGGAUGCAAGUGGUGAGCGUCUACACCUCCAUCUUCGGCGUGCUCCAGCUCCUGUGUUUGGUCACCUCGCCGGUCAUCGGCUACGUCAUGGACUGGAAGCUCAAAGACUGCGAGGAUGAGAACGACAAGAGCGCCAAGAGCGAGCCCGGUCAGCCCCGGCGCCCGACCAAAAAGAUCCAGAAGAUCGUCAACGCCACCAGAGCCUUCAUCUUCACCAACCUGCUGCUGGUCGGCUUCGGGGUCACCUGCGUGGUCCCCAACCUGCCGCUGCAGAUCCUGUCCUUCGUUCUGCACACGGUGGUCCGAGGCUUCAUCCACUCUGCUGUCGGAGGCCUGUAUGCCGCUGUGUACCCGUCCUCCCAGUUUGGCAGCCUGACCGGCAUGCAGUCCCUGAUCAGCGCUCUGUUUGCUCUGCUGCAGCAGCCCCUCUUCCUGGCUAUGGUGGGACCCCUGGAAGGAGACCCUUUAUGGGUGAACGUGGGUCUGCUGGUGCUGAGCAUGCUGGGGUUCUGCCUGCCGCUCUACCUGCUGUGCCACAGCCGCCACCUGCAGCGCCUCCGAGAAGAGAGCGAGGACGACCCCAAGGUCUACGUCAAGAUGAAGGACGACGGCGCGCCGGAGGCCAGCGUGUAGAACAGGAGGGAGAGUUUUAUCCGGAACCGGAGAAGCUGCGGCUCAGAAAGGAGGAGGAAGAGGAGGAGAGCCGCUCUUCAUCCUCCACCUGCUCACAGAAACACCUUCUACACUCAGAAACACUGAACCGUUAAUUCUGCACGCCUGAACACUGUGAUUAAAACUCUGCCAGCUUCUCCAGUCAGGAUCCAAACUGACCAAAAUGGGAGAAAAAAGAGGAGCGGAGCUCCUUCCUCCUCCUCCUCCUCCUCCUCCUUCCUCCUCCUCACCUCUGCUUAAUCUGCAGUUCAGGAGCUGCUGGAGAUCCACAGCCUGAAUCCUGCUGUUCCUGCAUUUCACCAGCAGGGGGCAGCGGCGCUGCAUGCCUGCUCACACGGUUCAGCCCCCCCCACCCAGAGCUGGAAACCAUCAGGCUGUUUUUUCCUCCUCAUGUUAGAUAAACGUUUAGAAACUGUGAAAACUACAACGAUGAUGAAGGUUUGAUUAGUCCCCAUCAUCAUCAUCAUCAUCAUCAUAGUGUUAGAUCAUCUGAGCAAUAAGUAUUCCUGUGCAGCGCUGGGCGCUGGACAUUCACCCAAACAUGUCUUCAUUUCAUCAAAGCUUUUCCCGCACAAUGAAAGGUGCUAGUUAGAAUCCUAGAAAUGUGUUUCCAGAAGCAGCUGAGCUGCUCUGACCGCUAAAAACAAUCAAAUCUUUAUUUUUUUUCCUUUCCAAAGAGUCGGUGCAGCCGCAGCUUUCAGCUGCCAGCUUUAGCUUCGCCUCCUCCGGGCCUGGAAAAGAUAGCGUCGGCUGGUAGCGGGAAAAUGGCCGAACGCGUGACGCUAACCAGGAAACGCGCUAACUUUUCAGUUCAUAGUAUUUGCACAAAAACGUAGAAGUGAAGCAGAAGCGUUAAUGAUUAAUGAUUAUUUCAGCUGCAGGAACUUAAUCUAUAAAAGACUUUUAUUGUUAUAAAAGCAAACAUUUUAAUACAAACUUCCUGAAUUCGCUUUAGAGGAAACCUUCCUGCACUGCAAAAACUGAUAAGUAAAAAUGUCUUAAAUAAGUGAAUCUC